CGUUGCUUCCUUCCAAUUGCAAAGCUUGCAUGCCCUUUGAACAGAAUAGAAAAGCCAGGCUUUUCUCCUAACCACACCUUACAUACGCCCUUCUAUAUAUAGUUCAAAACGAGUAAUGCCAAUUAUUACAUGACAAAUUUGCAUUACUUUACAUACAUUGUACUUGCAGCAUUUCUGUCUUUCACCUCUAUCCCCCACCUCCUCCUCAAAAGACUAUCUUCCACUCAAAACUCAACACAAUCUCUUUCUCUUUUCCAUUCAAAAACAGCAUUCAGACAGGACCAGGGAAUGCAGAAAGAUGUGCUUGCAUGCUGUGAAUUCUUUCUCUGAAGCCCAUAAGGUUAAAUCUAGCACUGAAUUUUCCUUAUUAAUUCUCGAUGGGGUUGGAUACGCAACAGACAGCAGAUUCAUGUUCUGUGUCCAAAUGCUUAAUAGGAUUCAAAACAAAAUUUCUGUCAUGCUGAUGCAUGACCUUGUUGAAGACGGUUGAGUUCUCAUGUUAUAAACGCUCCUGCUCUGUAGAGUAUAUAUAUAAUAACUGCAGGAGAUAAUACUUUAUUGGAGUGUGUUAAGAUUCAUACUUUGGAAUGGAAAAUACGGGGAAGGUGUUGAUGCAAAAAUAUGAAUUUGGAAGAUUGUUAGGGCAAGGAAACUUUGCUAAAGUUUACUAUGCUAGGAACAUUGAAAGUAGUCAGAGUGUGGCGAUUAAGGUCAUUGACAAGGAGAAGGUUUUGAAAGUAGGGAUGAUUGAUCAAACCAAGCGGGAGAUAUCUGUUAUGAGCCUGGUUAAACACCCUAAUAUCUUGGAGCUCUAUGAGGUCAUGGCCAGCAAAAGCAAGAUUUACUUUGUUAUGGAGUAUGCCAAAGGUGGUGAGCUCUUCAAUAAGGUAGCAAAAGGAAAGCUGAGAGAAGACAUGGCAAGGAAGUAUUUUCAACAACUGAUCAGUGCAGUUGAUUUUUGCCACAGCAGAGGUGUUUACCAUCGGGAUUUAAAGCCGGAAAACUUACUCCUGGAUGAAGAUGGAAUUCUAAAAGUAUCAGAUUUUGGUUUGAGUGCCCUUACUGAGUCAAAGCAUCAAGAUGGGUUACUCCACACAACUUGUGGAACCCCUGCCUAUGUAGCUCCUGAAGUUAUAAACAGAAAGGGUUAUGAUGGGGCCAAGGCUGACAUCUGGUCUUGUGGGGUGAUCCUCUAUGUUCUACUGGCUGGUUAUCUGCCAUUCCAUGAUUCAAAUCUAAUAGCAAUGUACAGGAAAAUAAGCAAGGCAGACUACAAAUUUCCUGGUUGGUUUUCACCUGAGGUGACCAAGCUGCUGUCAAGAAUCCUCAAUCCUAACCCAAAAGCUAGAAUAUCAAUUGCAAAAAUAAUGUCAAAUCCUUGGUUCAAAAAGGGAUUCAACUCCAAACCAGUACAGAGAAAAGAUGAAAAGGAAUUGGCACAUGUCGAUAUUGAUGCAGUUUUUGGUUCUGAGACUAACCACAUUGCAUUUGAAGCAAAGAAAGACAUGGCUAAGCUCACUAAUUUGAAUGCCUUUGAUAUCAUUUCCUUAUCAAGUGGGUUUGAUUUGUCCGGAUUGUUUGCAGAAAAUGAUAAGAAGAAGGACGUACAGUUUACUUCCAUGCAUACUGCCUCUACCAUCACAUCUAAACUAGAGGACAUUGCUCAACAUUUGAAGUUAAAAGUUAAGAAGGAUGGAGGACUGCUGAAACUGGAAGGAUCAAAUGGAGGUAGAAAAGGCGCAUUGGCUAUUGAUGCAGAAAUAUUUGAGUUUACCCCAUCUUUCCAUUUAGUAGAGCUGAGGAAGUUCAGUGGUGAUACAUUGGAGUUCCGGAAGACGUUGCAACAGGAUGUUAGACCAGCUCUCAAGGAUAUUGUUUGGGCUUGGCAAGGUGAGCAGCAGCAGCAACAGCAACAACAACAGCAUCUGCAGUCAUCCUAACCGUGUUCAUGUCCAAGUGUCUCAAGGUUUUUUCACAGUAUGUUGUGUUCUUGUUUCUCAAUAACUGUACCCAAAAACAAAGUUGGAUUUCUCCAAGUCUAUUUAAAUGCCAAAUUCCAUGGCAAAAUUCUGGCAAUUGGGUGUUUAGUUGCUUUCAUUAAAGUUCAAUAUGUGGUUUCUUUUCUAAUUUCUCCAUAGCUGGCAUCCUUGCAUGAAAUCCUGCUUGAGUUGCCAGAAAUUGGUCUCUGUUAAAUGAUAUUUUGUUUGGAAAAGGCUCUUAGCUUUGCAGUUAUAGAACAUCCAGCCUUGCUGCUAUUUUGUUUCAA